AUGGCCAGCUCGCUCGCUUCCACUUCCAGCCGCGGUCUGCUGACGACAUGUUCCGCGCACGCACACACGCUCAAGAGCAGUCGCAAGGCAUUUGAAAAUGUCAGCAAGAGCGCGAGCGCUAGUGCGAGUGCGAGCGCGAGGACUCGGAUGAUGGCGCGCUUGGACAGUGAAGGAUGCAGAUCCGUGUCCACUCAGGCUGCAGGUCUUGAAUCGGCCGUGGGAUCCGAAGGACCAGGUGCUGACAGCCCCGCUGCCCGAGCGCAAAUGCCUUCUUCACCUCGUGGUGCGCUAGAGAGAACUACUCAUGGACAAACGGAGUCGCAAGAUGCACAGCUUCAAGUCAGAAGCUCGAGAGGUGCAGGUCAAAGCGAUGCUUCGUUGGAGGCGCACAAGGCUGAAUUGAGGAGAAAAGCUCUAAGAAGCGCUGCUGGUGAGUUUGCAAGCCUCUCGGAGCGCUUACGUGGGCAUACCAAUUCAAGCGGCUUCCCCCGUUCGCAUUCGUGGCCCCCCGUCAGCGUCGCGUCCACCCUCUGCUCACCUUGGCUGCACACCUUUGCCCCGUCUUUCGCAGUGGACGCAAUGAUGCCUUUGACCUCCACUCAAACGCGUCAAACGGGUUAUCGACCGGUCCAAGCCCGACUGUCACCCGUGACGGCGAGGGAGUUGACACUGUCGCAUUUGGUGGCCGCUUCUGCUCAAGUAGGCCAUUCUCGCACAAACACGUCUCGACAAGCUGCUCAGCAAGUCUACGGUUUCAGGCACGAUAUAGCCUACAUUGACUUGGAAAAGUACACUCUGCCUGCCCUCAGACGAGCAGCUAGCGUGGUGAGAGAGACGACAAAGAGGGACGGUGUGGUGUUGUUUUGCGGAACGGCUCCUGGAACGCAAGACGCCGUGCUCGCUGCUGCUAAACGGUUGGGAAGAAACGGAUUUCACGUGACAAAGAGCAGGUGGAUGCCUGGCGUUUUGACCAAUGCGCCCAACCUGCUCGCCAAGGCUACGUUGAUGGGCGCGGAUCAUUACUCGGAGACGUUGCGCGACAGGGCGGAGCGCAAAAAGGAGCGUCAAUCGGAAGGAUGGACGGACAAGGAUGAGGCGGAGUUGCAAUCGAGCUUGGAUCUGGUCAGGUUGUCCAUGAGGGAACUUCAGCCUGAUCUAUUGAUCGUCUUGAACCCCAAAGCUAAUCUGCACGCUAUCAGGGAGGCUACGUCUAGAGGUAUCCCCACCAUCGGAGUCACGGAUACGGAUGUGGAUCCUAGGAUCGUGACGUAUGCCAUUCCUGCCAACGACGAGAGCACUAGAACUGCAGAAUUAGUGGUUGGUCUAUUGAGCAAGGCGGGACAAGAAGGAUUGAAGGAUAGGGAACUGGCUCAGAGGGUGGCGGAGAGAAUGGUGCUUCAGCGCGAGGCGCAACGUAGGGAACAACAGAGGCUCACGAGGGAAUCGGAAAGGAUCGCGAGGGAACAGGCUAAAGCUGCCACGGCUUUUGGUGGAAGAUCGAUCUAUGGCAACUAG